AUGGUGUUUGUCAGGAAUAGCUGUUUCAGUGCGCUGCUGCUGGUGAAGCAGCUGUUUGAAUGCAAAGGGGUCAGCAAGUGUAAGAGCUGCAGUGAGAUUUGGUCCCUGAAGGGAGGAGGCGAUGGCAGUGAUUUGCUUGGAAACAGUGACGCAAGAUCCGAAGUCAUGGGAGUAAAGAACCUGGUUCUGAGUGCUCGCAAACUUGUGAAGGAUGAAAAGGAUUACGUGGCUGCCUUCAAAUUGCUUUCAAAAGGAGAAGAGGAUUGUCUUGUUGAUGUUGUUGUGGAUGUUGUUGCUUUUGCUGUUGCUGUUGUUGUUGUGGAUGUUGUUGUUGAUGUUGUUGUUGUGGAUGUUGUUGUUGUGGAUGUGGAUGUUGAUGAUGAUGAUGAUGAUGACGACGACGACGACGUUGUUGUUGUUGAUGCUAUACAGAUAAAUGAGAAAUCAUUCCCGGCCAGAUAUGAGCGUCUUUCCUUGUUAUGGGAUCUCAACUUUGACAACGAGCAAUGCCAGCAGAUGAUCAAGACGAGUUUCAAGAUCGGAGACGAGGACUUUGAGUAUCCCAGGAUCCUCUCGAAGUUCUUCUCAGAGGCUGAGGAGGUGGUCUCCCUAGACACCACCUCCGCCAUGGCAAAGAGUCUGCUGAUCAAAAUCAACUGCGAGAGAACGGAAAUCGGCGAAGUGUCAUUCAUGGAGUUGGAGAAGCAGAUGAAAAGCAUCUGCUCUUCCGAUGAAGCCAAGGCUUUGCAUGGAGUCGUUCUCUGCACCAGUGCGUGUCGAGACUGGGAGCUGCUAGAUCCGUACCCCUCAGCGAGCAUCUGUCCGUCGUUCGGCUACUUGAAAAUGUGGAAACAUCCCUUCAUGUGGAAGGAGGGCAUCGACAAGAUCGAGUCUGUCGAGCCAUACCUUUCAAGAUCGAGUCGAGGCAAGAUCCUGUUAGCAUGGAAAUGCUUUCAUGAAGAAGAUCUCCAAAGUGCACAAGCGAUUCUGGACGAGAUGUAUGAUGCAGCAGACUGGUCGCUGAGCGAUGAAGUCAGCAUCGCUCGCCUCCGAGGCCAAAGUGAGAUCCUCAAGGAGCAGAUGCGCUAUAGGGAAGCAGCAAAGUGCCUCAGACCAGUUGUCCUGGCGAUCAAGAAGAGCCCCAACCUAGUCAAAACCCUCAUGUCAAAGCCAGCCUUGCACGAGUUGGCCAUGGCCGUCUUGGACUAUAGAAGCAUACUCCUGUUUCACAUCGCUCAACAGCACUAUUGGGACCAAGAUUCAUUCGGCGACUUGAACUUGGCUCGCAGCGCGCUCGAGACCAUCCUCAAAGUCCAUGACGAGGCUGGAAAGUCUCAGAUGCCGGAGCAGAAGAGUUUCUUGCAUUGA